AUGGCAGACACGGGAACCAAAGCGGCCCAUGAUCUGGGCAACGGGAAAACCCAAAUCUUUUUGAAUGCAUUUGAUAUGUCUACGGUUGGCCACCUAUCGCCAGGGCAAUGGAAGAAUCCAAAAGAUAAAUCUGCGACCAAGCGCAAACUUGACUACUGGAUUGAUCUAGCGAAGACGCUUGAGCGAGGUGGCAUCAAUGCGUUGUUCCUCGCCGAUACGUACGGCGGUUACGAUACCUACGAGGGCAGUCUUGACAACUGCAUCCGCAGAGCUGCACAGUGGCCCAUCACGGACCCCAGUAUUCCAAUCACUGCAAUGGCAGCUGUCACCAAACACCUGUCGUUUGGUAUCACGGCAUCCACUUCCUUUGAGCCGCCCUUCCUGUUGGCGAAGCGGUUCUCGACUCUGGACCACUUGACGGACGGCCGAAUUGCUUGGAACAUUGUCACAUCCUGGAAGAAGUCGGCGUUUCAGGCGAUUGGUAUCGACGCACCCAUCGAACACGAUCUUCGGUACGAGCAGGCAGACGAAUACCUGCGUGUGACGUAUAAACUCUGGGAAGGGUCUUGGGCCGAUGAUGCUGUAACAGAAGAUGCCGCAACGGAUAUUUAUGCGGACCCUGACAAAGUCCGUACCAUCCACCAUCAUGGUCGUUUCUACAAUCUCGACUCUCGGCACAUCGUAGACCCGUCUCCGCAACGCACACCAUUCUUGUUCCAGGCAGGCACAUCCAGUGCCGGGUCAUCUUUCGCGGCACAGCAUGCUGAAGCUAUCUUUGUGUCUAGCCACGCUCCUGCUGUGCUUCGCCCGAAGAUCGACAACAUCAGAAAACUUGCCGCGGAAGCCGGCCGUGACCCACGCUCAAUCAAAGUCUUUGCAACGUUCACACCAGUCCUUGGCCGCACGGACGAAGAAGCCAAGGAGAAGCACGAAGAGUUCAAAAAGUAUGCUUCAACCAUUGGGGGUCUUGUCCUUGUCAGUGGCUGGACAGGAAUUGAUCUAUCUGCCCUGCCGCUCGAUAAAGAGAUCACUGGAGAUGACGCGAGCGUUCCGGACCGCGUGCACAGCAUCCUUGAUGCAUUCUCUACGACGAGUGAGGAGAUCCCUAAGUGGACACCACGGGUCAUUGCUGAGCGUGCCUCAAUCGGUGGUCUGGGGCCUGUCUCGAUCGGCAGUCCGGAAACAGUAGCCGACGAGCUGGAAAAAUGGAUUCGUGAGGCAGAUGUGGACGGUUUCAAUCUUGGUUAUGUUAUUACGCCCGGAAGUUUUGAGGACAUUGUGGACCUCUUGAUUCCUGAGCUUCGGAAGCGUGGUAUCUACCCUGAACUCCCAACAGACGGAGGUGAAGCACUCACCGCACGUGAGCGGAUUUAUGGAAAAGGACAACAAGGCCUUCGCAAUGACCAUCCAGGAAAGAAGUACGCCUACGAUUCGUACGUGGAGGAAUAA